AUGGCUACAGUCCGAAUAUGCAUCGUCGGCGACGAGUCAGUCGGCAAGAGCUCGCUCCUCACAAGUCUGGUCAAGGAUAGCUUCGUCACGUCCAAGAUCCAGUCCGUCCUGCCGCCCAUCACCAUCCCGCCUUCGUCGAUCACCCAAGAGAACGUCAGCAUCACCCUCGUCGACACCUCCGCUCUCCCACAAGAACGAGAUGCGCUCAAACGGGAGCUACGCAAGGCCAACUGUAUCCUACUCGUCUACAGCGACCACUACAGCUAUGAGCGCGUCGCCCUCUUCUGGAUGCCGCACUUUCGAUCACUAGGCCUGAAUGUCCCUGUGGUGCUGUGCGCAAACAAGAGCGACCUCACUGCCGCAAAUGGCGCCAGCACGGCCCAGAUUAUCGCGGAGGAGAUGAUGCCGGUCAUGUCGGAGUUCAAGGAGAUUGACUCAUGUAUACGGACGAGUGCGAGGGAGCAUCACAACAUCAAUGAAGUCUUCUUCCUGUGUCAGAAGGCGGUCACGCAUCCCAUUGCGCCGCUGUACGAUUCAAAGGAGGCUGCGCUGAAACCUGCCGCUGUGGAUGCCCUCAAACGGGUUUUCUAUCUAUGUGACAGGGAUCAGGACGGUCUACUGAAUGAUAAGGAGAUCCACGACUUCCAGCUCAGAUGCUUCGAUAAGCCACUCUCAGACGAAGACCUAGCCAGCAUCAAACGCAUGAUCCAGCGCUUCACCCCCCAACAUGCAGACUCUCCCCAAGAAGGCAUAGAUAUCGAAGGCUUCAUCCUCCUCAACAAGAUGUUCGCCGAGAAAGGCCGCCACGAAACCAUCUGGAUCAUUCUCCGCAAGUUCCAGUACUCCGACAGCCUCUCCCUCAAAGACACCUUCCUGCACCCCAAAUUCGACGUCCCGCCCUUCGCCUCCGCCGAGCUCAGUCCAGCCGGCUACCGCUUCUUUGUCGACCUCUUCCUGCUCCACGACAAAGACAACGACGGCGGCCUCAACCCUUCCGAGCUCGCCGCCCUGUUCGCGCCAACCCCGGGCAUCCCAGCUUCAUGGACCGACUCCGCCUUCCCCUCCUGCACCGUCCGCAACGAAGCUGGCCACAUCACCCUCCAAGGCUGGCUCGCCCAGUGGUCCAUGACCACCUUCACCGAACCCCGCACCACCCUCGCCUACCUCGCCUACCUGGGCUUCGAGUCCCCCAACACCAAACCCCCAGGCACCCCCGCCGCGCUCAAAAUCACCAAACCCCGCAAACGCCGCCCGCGUCCUGGGACGGUUGAACGCAACGUAUUCCUCUGCUACGUGCUCGGCGCCCCAGCGAGCGGGAAGUCAUCACUCCUCAACGCCUUCCUCAACCGCCCGUUCAGCGGCACCUAUCAUCCCACCAUCAAACCGCAAACAGCAGUCAACUCCGUCGAGCUUCCGGGAGGGAAACAAUGCUACCUCAUCCUGCACGAACUCGGGGAACUCGAACCCGCCAUCCUAGAAAACCAAGCCCGCCUCGACGAAUGCGACCUCCUCUGCUACUGCUACGACUCCUCCGACCCGGACUCCUUCUCCCACAUCCUCGACCUCCGCACGCGCUACCCAGCCCUGCACUCCCUCCCCUCCGUCUUCGCCGCCCUGAAAGCAGACAAAGACCGCGCAGUCCAGCGCUCCGAAUCGCAACCGGACGGCUACUGCGAGUCACUGCGCAUCCCGAAGCCCCUGCACGUGUCGGUCAAGUGGAAGAGCGCGGGGGAGUUUUUCGCGCAGGUGGCGGAGUCGGCGAGUCAUCCCGCGUUGGCGCUGCCGAGGGUUGAGCGGGAUGGGGGGGAAACGGGGUUACUGGGAGUGUGGCUUGCGGUUGGGGCGGUGGGGUUGGCGGGGGUGGGGGUGGGGUGGGUUGUUUGGCGGAGGGGGAUUUUUGGGGUGGGAGGGGGUGCUUAG